GACUUACUGAUAAAGAAAAACUGGAAAUUGCUCCUGAUGGAAAAACUCUAUGUGUUAAUUUUGAAAAGGAGGAAGCACUCCGAGCUUUGGAAGAACCAAACAAAGACCCUCAUUUAAAACCUAAUGAACUCUGUGAAAAAUGCGGAUCUUCUUGUAUAGUUCAUAAAACCAAAACUUCUUACACUAUCAAAAGGAGAAGAUACAUAAAGCAUAAACAAGAAAAUCAAGGAACUUGUCCGCAAUGUCAUAAGACUGAAUUCCCUGAUAUGGCAAAGGGCCGAAUGCUAGACUAUGAAAGACUGACUCAAGUUGAAAUGAUGCCCCCUGAACUGGAUCAUGCUAAAUCAUUGGAACAAAGACUAAAUAACCAAAAUCUUACUCCCCAAGAAAGACAGCAAGCAGAUUAUUUAAGGAACUUACAGCGAAACACUCUGCGGAACGCUGAAAAUAAUUAUCAGACUAGGUAUGGUGAUUUAACCGAAGAUGAUCCUAACAAAGGAAAAGGAUUGAGUGGAGGAAUUAUCGCUUUAAUAGUAAUUGGAAUAGCAAUAAUAGUAGGAGGGAUUAUUUUCUUGCUAACUAGAAGGGAUGAGGAAAGUGAUAAAGGGAAAGAAAAUAAAAAAGUAAUUGCAGAAGAGAACAACAAAUUAGAAAAAUGGUUGUUAAGUAAUAGUUGUUGUGGUCAAGAAAUGGUUUUGGAAGAAACUUGCGAGGAAGACAAUAACCAAAAAAUAAAUAGUAGAAACUUUUUAAAUGGAUCAAUUGCUAUUUUUAUUGAAAGAAGAAGAAUUCUUAAAGAACAGUUUCAGAAACUAAAAGAUGAAUUUCUUACUGAGGAACAAAGUUCAAUAGUAGAGUUAAGGGAACUACCUGAUCAUUACUGA